AUGGCCGGAUUCGAGGCGGAAACCGACCGCAAAGGUGGUUUCUCCGACGCAACAGGAGGCGGUAGAGGUUUGAGUGUAACAGCCGCGGUCGAGCUUGAGGAUGAUAUGGUGGGAGCCGGAUCUGAGGGUGGACUGGGAGUUGGCGCUGAAGCUGGUACUGAAACUGUGGAUGAAGCUGAAGCUGGAGCCGACGAUAAAGCUGGAGCCGACGCUAUUGCUGGCGGCGAAUCCGGAACUCGGGAUGAAGCCGUAGCAGGCGGAGAAUCCGUAGCUGGGGGCGAAUCCGGUGCUGGGAGUGAAGCUCUAUCUGGAGGCGAAGCCGUAACUGGGGAUGAAGCUAUAACUGGGGACGAAACCGGGACUGGGGAUGAAGCUAUAGCUGGUGGCAAAUCUGUAGCUGGGGGCGAAUCCGUUGCUGGGAGUGAAGCCGUAACUGGGGAUGAAGCUAUAACUGGGGACGAAACCGGGACUGGGGAUGAAGCUAUAGCUGGGAGUGAAGCCGUAACUAAUGAUAAAGCUGGAGGCGAUGGUAGCGCUGGCGCGGGAAGCGAAACUGGCGCAGGGGACGAGUGCAGAACUGGGGAUGACGCCGCAGCUGGGGACGAAGAUAGAGCAAGUUCAGGAAUCACAGUCGUGACUGGGGUAGGAGCGAUAAUAGGAGAUGCUGAUCCGGGGGAAAAUGAUACGGCAGAAGAAACAGACGACGUCGGCGAGACGACAGAACCUCGAGCUCGAGCCCGAACCCGAGAAUGGCCGAGAGAGACUGGAGAAUUUGGCAGACCAGGAGUGACUGGGGACUUUGAGGCACCGGGAGAUCUAGGUGAUUUGAGAACCCGGGUGGGAGUUCGGGGCGUUUGUGUCACCCGAUGUCUCGAGGAUGCCGUUGCCGCCGCGUACCGGGGAGCUUGACGAUUAAUAAUAUCUGGUGCCGACGACAUUGUGUGCGUAUAUCUCUGUGCAGUGGUUUGGGUAUAUCGUAUAUGCUGGUGUCUCUGUCCGUUUUCGUGUAUAUAUGUGUGUAUGUUGUGUUGGGGGAAUAAGAAGAGUCAAAUUGUUGAGCUAACGAUCAGCUGCGAAGAUGAGAGACGUAAGUGCGACUGGCAUCCUUGGCGAAUUCGGCAUAACACUGCAAUAAUGUAGAUUGGUCGUGCCAGUUCUGGUGUACAGAUGAUGGGCUGGUUUAUGCAGGUACGAAUACGGUGAUAGAUAACCCUUUGUUAGCCAAGACAUGCACCUAUGCCCAUACCCUGUCCGCUCUUCACUGCAGGUCUCACAGAGUUUUCUUAUCAACGAGACACGAUGAUAAAUCUGAC